AUGUUCAUGCUCAUUCGAGAGCCGUCCGCCGGAGGAGGCGGUGCCGCAGCCAUGAGCGCGCCGCCGGAGAGGACACCAAAACAGGUUCAGGCUGCCAUCAAGAAGAAGAUGGAGAAGAAGAAGAAGAAAGGCAUCGAGCAGGGAGGGGUUGCUGCAGAUGGUCAAAGUGCGGCCCCUCUGCCUCAGCACCGCCAGAAAUCCCGGCUGCCGUCCCGGCCCGUGACGACGGAGGAGGCGGAGGACAGCGAGGCGCUGGAGGAGAAGCUGGAGGAGAUGAUGGAGGGACGGCAGAGGAGGAACAUGGAGGCAGAAAUGGAGGAAGAGCCUGUGGAUCUGCUGCCUAUAGUCCACUCUGUGUUCGGACAGGACAGAGAGCUGAGACCUGAGGAGCUCGAAGAGCUCAGAGAGGCCUUCGUGGAGUUCGAUAAGAACAAGAAGGGCUACAUCAGUCACAGAGACCUGGGGGAGUGCAUGAGGACCAUGGGCUACAUGCCCACAGAGAUGGAGCUGAUCGAACUGAGCCAGCAGAUCAGUGGAGGUAAGAUAGACUUUGAGGACUUUGUGGAGCUCAUGGGGCCCAAGAUGCUGGCAGAGACGGCAGAUAUGAUCGGAGUAAAAGAACUACGAGACGCUUUCAAAGAGUUUGACUCUAACGGGGACGGUCAGAUCAGUCUGACGGAGCUGCGGGAGGCCAUGAAGAAGCUGAUGGGAGAGCAAGUGACCAACAAAGAGAUCAAUGAGAUCCUCAAAGAUGUUGAUCUGAAUGGAGAUGGUCUAGUGGACUUUGAGGAGUUUGUGAGAAUGAUGUCCCGGUGA